AUGUUCUUAAUAUUUUUUUUAUUUUUUUAUUUUUUUCAGAUUUUUAUUAACAAUGAAUUUGUGGAUUCGAUUAGUGGAUCAACCUUUCCAGUACUCAAUCCUGCGACAGAAGAAGUCAUUGCAAAUGUACAAGAAGGAAAAAAAGAAGAUAUCGAUAAAGCUGUUGCUGCUGCUCGUGCUGCAUUCAAAAUUGGUUCACCCUAUCGAUCAAUGGAUGCUUCACAACGUGGUCGUCUCAUGUUAAAACUUGCUGAUUUAGUCGAUAGAGAUACAAAUUAUCUUGCCAUGCUUGAAACAUAUAAUAAUGGAAAACCAUUAACAGAUGCUUUAGGUGAAAUGUAUUACUGUGCGCAAAUAUUAAGGUAUUAUGCUGGUUGGUGUGAUAAAAUACAUGGGAGUACAAUACCUGUCGAUGGGAAAUUUAUGUGCAUGACAAGAAAGGAACCUGUUGGAGUUGUGGGUCAAAUCAUUCCGUGGAAUUAUCCUGUGAUGAUGCUCAUUUGGAAAUGGGGUCCUGCACUUGCUUGUGGUUGCACGAUUGUCAUGAAACCAGCAGAACAAACUCCUUUGACUGCUUUGUACAUGGCAUCCCUUGCCAAAGAAGCUGGAUUUCCUCCAGGGGUUAUAAACGUCGUGCCCGGUUACGGACCUACAGCUGGUGCAGCACUUGUAAAUCAUCCAGACGUGAAUAAAAUUGCAUUUACAGGAUCGACAGAAGUAGGAGAAAUAAUUAUGAAAGGUUGUGCGGCAUCGAAUUUGAAAAGGGUGUCUUUGGAACUCGGUGGAAAAAGUCCUUUGGUCGUUUUUUCCGAUGCUCCCGAUCUUGACGAAGCCGUAAAUAUUGCACACGAAGGUUUAUUUUCAAAUCAUGGACAAUCGUGUUGUGCCGGAUCUAGAACAUUCGUACAGGAUACAAUUUACGAUGCGUUCGUUGAAAAAGCUACUCAAUUGGCAUCGAAUAGAGUCGUUGGUGAUCCAUUUAAAAAAGGAGUUCAACAGGGCCCCCAAAUUGACAAGGAAAUGUUUGAUAAAGUCAUGAAUUUGAUAGAAAGCGGAAAGAAGGAAGGAGCCAAGGUUGAAUGCGGUGGAAAACGACUUGGCAACGUCGGUUAUUUCGUAGAGCCAACAGUUUUUUCAAACGUCACCGAUAACAUGAGAAUAGCUAAGGAAGAAAUAUUCGGACCCGUUCAACAAAUAAUAAAAUUUAAAACUUUGGAAGAAGUCAUAGAGCGUGCAAACAACACAACGUACGGAUUAGCUUCCGGUAUAAUAACUUCCGAUAUAAACAAAGCCAUGACAUUUGCGCAAUCCGUUCAAGCAGGAAGCGUUUGGAUUAAUUGUUACGAUGCCAUAACUAGUCAGACUCCAUUUGGCGGAUUUAAAAAUUCCGGAUUCGGAAGAGAUUUAGGAGAAGAAUCUCUUAAAGAAUAUUUGGAAACGAAAACAAUAACAAUCAAAGUUCCAGUCAAAGCUUAA